AUGAAAACGUACACUCUUCACUAUUGGCCGUCCAUUCCUGGCCGUGGCGAAUACGUGCGUCUCGCGUUUGAAUAUGCGAAGGUACCAUUCGCGGACAACAGCUCCAACGUCAACGCACUGCAAGAGCAUGUUAUGAGAUCCAACAAGACAGGACUUCCUCAACAUUUUGCACCUCCAAUCCUGGAGGUCAAACAGGAGGCCACGAAUUCAAGCAGAUUCAUCUCUCAGAUUCCAGCUAUCCUUUCAUAUCUCGCUCCACGGCUUGAUCUUACAGAAGAAGAGAAGAGCAUCGCGCGCGCUCACGUGAACCAGCUCACCUUGACCAUUCUCGACCUCUCUAACGAGAUCCAUGACGUGCAUCAUCCUAUCGCCUCAUCGCUCACGUACGAAGAGCAGCAAGAGGAAUCCAAACGUCGCGCCAAGUUCUUCAGAGAAGUCCGCCUCCCGAAAUUCUUCGGAUACUUUGAAAGUGUUCUCGCAGAGAACAGGGCAGGCAGCGGUGCCAACCUCUUUGGAUCUUCCAUGACUACGGCGGACCUCACUCUUUUCCAGGUGGUUGACGGGCUCCGCUUCGCGUACCCCAACUUGCUCAGCCGCCUCGAGGCAGAGAACAAAUGCAAACACGUGUUCGGUCUUCACGAGAAAAUCGGCAACACAGAGCCAAUUGCAUCGUAUGUGAAGAGCGAUAGGCGUAGAUCCUACAGUAUGGGCCUCUUUCGCCACUACCCAGAGCUGGACGAGCCAGCCAUGUAGAAAUAUCACUGUGAACUAACCUCAAAUCGAAUUGGCACUAGG